ACCAUGAGGCUGGUUCUUCCAAACCCGGGGCUUGAAGACAGGAUCCCCUCUCACGAGGACCUGGAGAGGAUGGAGAAGGAGACGGCAGCAGACAGGCCCAAAUGGGACAACAAGGCCCAGUACCUUCUCACCUGUGUGGGCUUCUGUGUGGGACUGGGCAACGUGUGGAGGUUUCCCUACCUGUGUCAGAGCCAUGGGGGAGGUGCGUUUAUCAUCCCGUUUAUCAUCCUGCUUGUCUUGGAGGGCGUCCCGCUGCUGCACCUGGAGUUUGCCAUCGGCCAACGCCUUAGGAAGGGCAGCGUGGGGGCCUGGGCGGCAAUCCACCCCUACUUGACUGGAGUCGGUAUUGCAUCCAUGGCUGUCUCAUUCUUAGUGGGCAUGUACUACAACACCAUCAUCGCCUGGGUGAUGUGGUAUUUCUUCAACUCCUUCCAGGACCCCCUGCCGUGGAGUCAGUGUCCUCUCAAUAAAAACCUCACAGGUCUUGUGUCUGAAUGUGAACGCAGCACUCCGGUGGACUACUUCUGGUACAGAGAGACCCUGAACACCUCAGAGGCUAUAGAUCAGAGUGGGGGUCUGCAGUGGUGGAUGGUGGUCUGUUUGGUUACUGCUUGGAGUGUGCUCUACAUCUGCUGCAUCAGAGGGAUCGAGACCACAGGCAAGGCUGUGUACAUCACCUCCACUCUGCCUUACGUCGUCCUCACCAUCUUCCUCGUCAGAGGUCUGACUUUAAAAGGAUCAGUGGAUGGAAUCAAGUUCCUCUUCACACCAGACCUGAAUGAGUUGAUGAACCCAUCAACAUGGUUGGAUGCAGGCGCUCAGGUUUUCUACUCAUUCUCUCUGGCCUUUGGAGGUCUCAUCUCCUUCUCGAGCUACAACCCUGUUCACAAUAACUGUGAGCAGGACGCCGUCAUCAUCGCCCUGAUUAACGGCCUGACUUCUGUCUUUGCUGCUACUGUCAUUUACUCCAUCAUCGGCUUCAGAGCUACAGAGCAGUUUGAUGCCUGCCUGGAGGGGAACAUCAUGCUGCUGCUGAAUGCUUUCGACCUCGCUGAAGGGAGCAUCACAGAGAGCAACUACGAUGAAAUGCUACAAAACCUCAACAGCACGGUCUCAGGAUCACAGAUCAUUGAAGGGCUGGACCUCAGCAGCUGCAGCCUGCAGACUUUUCUCAGUGAUGGAGUGGAGGGAACCGGUCUGGCCUUCAUCGUGUUCACAGAGGCCAUCACAAAGAUGCCCUUCUCUCCUCUCUGGGCCGUUCUCUUUUUCAUUAUGCUCUUCUGCCUCGGCCUCUCCACCAUGUUCGGAGCUGUAGAGGGAGUCGUGGUUCCUCUGCAGGACCUGCAGAUCUUCCCUAAGAAGUGUCCUAAAGAAGUAGUCACAGGGCUCGUGUGCCUUGUAUCCUUCUUGAUCGCCCUCAUCUUCGCUCUGCAGUCUGGUAAUUACUGGCUAGCACUGUUUGACGGCUAUGCAGGCUCCAUCCCUCUGCUCAUUAUCGCCUUCUGUGAGAUGACGGCCGUGGUCUUCCUCUACGGGAUCGACAGGUUUAACAACGAUAUCAAGUUCAUGAUUGGGCACAAACCCAACAUCUUCUGGCAGGCCACGUGGAUCGUGAUCAGCCCUGCGAUUGUCUUAGUCAUCUUUGUGUUUUACCUCAUCACUCAAGUCAACGCCCAGCUCACGUACAUCACCUGGAAUCCCAGCUCGGUGAACUUCCCAGUGUUGGAGAAGCUGCCCUACCCCAGCUGGGUCUACGCUAUCAUCUUCAUCCUGGCCGGAGUUCCCAGUCUUCUGAUUCCAGGGGUUGCUCUGUUUAAAGUUCUCCAAAGACACUGCUGCAAGAAAAGCAACAACAAAAGUAUUUCUGAAACAGAGUACUAAGCACAAAAUAUAGUGUCAAGUAUAAGGAGCAUAUACCAGGCUCUAGGGGGGCAUAAACACCUACAUAUGUUUGAUACACAUGCUAAAACACACACAAGAGCUAGUGCAAUGUGGAUUAUUUAUUUGAAACUUUUCCUGAUAAAUUUUGCUCUAAAAUGAUAAAUUAACUUUUUUUUCCGUCAGUGUUGAUGACCAGACCACUGUAGAUAGAAGUGUUGUGUAUUUUGUGAAUGUACAUACUGAGGUUGUAUCUGAAGAAUGUUAAAUCAUUUUCAUGUGAAUAUCAC